UCGUAUUGCAUUUUACCAUCUAAAAUUUGAAAGUCUCCCUCACAAGGUUGAAUGACUGACCUCUUUGUCUGUCCAAACAGUCUUGAAGACAUUAACCCCAUUGCAAAGAUGUCACUGAACUGCCCUUGACUCAGUCUGAUGGGAUUUCUUUUCAAGCGAGUUGUUGGGGUUCCCGACACUGUAAAGCGUUUGCCAUGCCCUUUAAAAACCUACACAGACAAAAGAGUGAGAUAAAACAAGACACUGCCCCUGUACCUCCAUUCCCUUUGCAUGACAAACAAACUCCUUGUCGACCAACGCACUGAGACAUGUAGUGCGGUGUCUGCUAAGUGGGUUGUCGGUAGUAUUUUUUUUUUGUUCUGCUUUUGCCUGAAAUCUAGUUGGCUGGUGUUACCUUGGUCUCCCCCAGCUUGUCCUAUUCAUGUGUGGAAUCUUAUUGUUGGUCUGGACAUCAUUCAAGCCUGUGUUCCAAAGUAACUGGAGGUUCCCACUUCAUUAGAGCUGUGUUUUGGAGGGCUGGAGAGAGUGCAAGCACUACGUCUGGCUCUGACAGCUAGUCGAGGUGAUCACAGAGAAGAUUUGGUGGAAAAGGCCGAAGACGGAACUGAAUUUCCGGGGAGAAGAAACCAGAAAGAAUCUGCUUUAAGGAUGACACCUGUUACUCUGGUUCUGACGUGGUCUUUGCUCUCAAUAUGGACAGUAACUUCUGUGCAGAUUGAUGAAGAACUCAAUGAGACAGUCAUUUGCACCAAUGAUCAGAUGCAAGUUAUCAUUCCUAGUGUGUUUUUUCUCAAGAAGGAGCCGCCUGUUUAUGUUUGGGAUUUACAGCUGAAUGAUCCUGACUGUCGAGGUGUUGAGGUUGGGAACGACUAUGUCUUCAGCAUCAAGACAAACCUCACAGACUGUGGCACUAUUAUGGUAUCAGAUGAUACUCACAUCAUGUUCACCAACACGAUCCGUAACAAUGAAACAGAUGUCAUCACCAGAAGCUACAUCAACAUCACAUUUGGGUGCCGAUACCCCAUAAACUACAUGGUCCAGCAGCAAAACGGGGAAAAUUUGAUCAGAGUGGAUGUCCGGACAAUCACUCUAAACACGGAGGAUGGAAAUUUCUCGGUUUCUAUGCUGCUCUAUAAAGAUGAAAAGUUUCAGGAUAAAUGGACCACUGUUCCUUCUCUCACACUUGAGGAAAACAUCUACGUCAAGGUUUACAUGAUUCCAGCGACUCUUUUUCUGAGAGUGGAGAGAUGUUGGGCCACACCAACCAACGACCCUUACAGCAAUAUUCAGCACACCUUUAUUAAGGACAGCUGUCCAGUGUUAUGGAAUGACCAGACUUUAGCUGUGAUGAAGAACGGUCAAGGACCAGAAGCUCUGUUCAGGAUACAAAUGUUCAAGUUUGUUGGCAGCUCCUACACAGUUUUCCUGCACUGCAAUGUCCAGAUCUGUCAUAACACAGGAGGAGUGUGCCAGCCUAACUGCCAUGCUGAAAAUGUAUCAAUACGGACACGCAGGGAUGUUGCAUCUCACACAGUCUCAUAUGGACCAAUCAGAAGGCUCAAAGCUAACUUGGAGAACACUAGUCUGAGUUCAGAUAUGCCCUCUGUCGAAACUUUUGUGUUGGGUGGUCUGCUGUUCAUCCUGAUUGUCAUCACAGGAGUUUUUGGGAAACUCUGGCUGCAGAGCAGAAACUCGUAUCCGACCCAAGAGGCCCAACUCACCCUCUCCAACAUCCACCAUAUCUCAGAGGUGGCCAGCUAACCUGGGAUCUCAUGUACACACAGUGUUGAAUGAAAUAUGUUCAAUUUGGAAGUGUUGUCUGCUAACCUGUAGUGCAUUUUAUAGUAGUUGUUAUUUUUGUCUUUUAUUGUGAAAUAAAUAAAAUGCUUUUUGAAUUUC